CACGCCCCCUCCUGUCCCUCUCGAGACAGGUCCCGUGAUAACCGUUGUAACGUUACUAAACAGCUGAUAGCAUCUGCGACGUCUCCGUUUAGUAAAAGCCAUGUUAUUCAGCUAACGUCAGUUUAAAGAUUAAAACAAUACAUACAUUUAGCAAAUUCAUCCCCGCGACCACUAAAGAUGUUGUCUCGUCUACUGAAGGAGCACCAGGCGAAGCAAAAUGAGCGGAAGGAGCAGCAGGAGAGACGAAGACGUGAAGCUAUCUCCGCGGCUACCUGUCUGACGGAAGCCCUGGUAGACCACCUCAAUGUCGGAGUUGCCCAGGCAUACGUAAACCAGCGUAAACUCGACCAUGAGGUGAAAACUCUCCAGGUGCAGGCGAGCCAGUUCUCCAAACAAACUUCACAGUGGAUCAGUAUGGUGGAGGGUUUCAAUCAGGCCCUGAAGGAAAUUGGUGAUGUGGAGAACUGGGCUCGCAGUAUAGAGAUGGACAUGAGGACCAUUGCCACCGCUCUGGAGUACGUUCAUAAGGGUCAACUGCAGUCUGCUUCCUCAUAAACUUUGCAGUGGGACGUUUGUAGCUGCUGAAGCUAAACACACUGGAAUGAAACGCUGGUAUCAGUAAAGAUGCAAGCGGCUUGACUCAUCCGACGUGUAGUAACGCUAACGGUUACUUUCUCCUGUGAAAAGAGGAACGUUUGAAAAAGGUCUUGCAUCUAUUUAUUGCGGACUUAAAAGAAUCAACAACCUUCAGCAACAAUGUUCAACAUCAUUCGGGCAAUCUGUUUUUGAACAGUGUCAGUGUCGAUUUUCUUUUACGGUAUCACAUAUAAAUUCUAGGUGUGCCUGCUCGUCACAAUGUUUUCAGUUGCUAAAGAACAAUUUCUGAAACUAAGCCCCGUUAUUUCAGACCUAACCAAACAGGAAACAUGCACAAAAUAUAAAAUCCAACUUACACUUGACUCAACUACAUAAACAUGUCAUUCACCACUAAAACACUGUUAUUUAAAGUAUUGGGCACAAUUAUUUCUAGCAUAAUAACUGCAUGUGUAAGCAAACUACUAUCAUGUUACAAAAUGUUUCUUCUAACUCUCUAACAAAACUUGUGCAAACCAAAAAAGGAAAAAAUAACACUUUAGGUGGCAUUUGUGGCAAUUUGAUUAUUGAAUGUGUGUUAUUUCAAUGGCAGUGUUUAGCAAAAAAAACGACACAACCUUUUAGUUUUUGAAAGAUGUCUAAUUUAGAUACGGUUUGUUUUUAGAGUUUUAAAUUUGGUGUGAAACAGACAAUGUGCUUGUUAUUUACCAUACCUGGUCAAAGAACUGGCUACAUGAGUCUGGGUUUUCAAUAACUAACAGUAUUUGUGUGACAGUAAAAGCAUAAAAACUGUCUGGAUUCAAGGAGCCGCAGACAAAUUGCCACCUGCAUCCCGAUCUGUAGUAUCUCCUAAAAGUGUUUUCUAGGAAGGCUUCUUUUCAGCAUCUGAUAUUUAAAUUGUGUGUAUUUGUACACUGUAACCAUUUAACGAGGGAACAUUUCUUUUUAAUAAAGUAAAACAAUGCA